CUAUGAUCAAUCAAUGUCAGUCACAGUUGUCUCGGCUCGAAUAUUUCAAUAUUUUGUUGUAUUGAUGAUUUUCCAUAAAAUUUAUAUCACUUAAAUUAAGAAUUAAAUCAAAUCCAAUGGUGAUAUACGGUAUAUACAUCGUCAGCAAGUCUGGCGGACUUAUUUACAAUUACGACCAUGUUAUACCAAAGGUGGAAACUGAGAAAACGUUCGGGUUUCCACUUGAUCUUAAACUACAAUAUGAAAACAAGAAGGUGGUUGUUGCUUUUGGGCAGAGGGAUGGCAUAAACGUGGGACACGUAUUGCUUUCUAUAAAUGGAGCACCAGUAAAUGGACGUACAUUAGAAGAUGGUAAAGAUGUUUUUGAAGUAAUAGAAACAAAGGAAAAUUACCCUCUAAGUUUGAAGUUUGGUCGUGCUCGUGCCACAACCAAUGAGAAAAUAGUGUUGGCCAGUAUGUUCUACCCGCUUUUUGCACUCGCCAGCCAACUGAGCCCUGUCCCCAAGUGUUCGGGCAUUGAGUCGUUAACUGCUGAUACGUUCAAGCUAUCUUGCUUCCAAACAUUAACAGGUGUUAAAUUUAUAAUAGUGACAGACCCCAAUAUGCAGGGUUCGGAGGUGGUACUCAAACGGAUAUAUGAACUGUACUCAGAUUAUGCUUUAAAAAAUCCAUUCUACUCACUAGAAAUGCCAAUUAGAUGUGAACUGUUCGAUACAUCGCUGCACACAUUGUUAGAACUAGUAGAAAAAUCUGGAACUGCAAAUUUAUAGUCAAAAUAAAUGAUCAAAUGUAUUAAUAAAAUUAUUAUGUUUUUUCACAGUCGACAAUGCACAUGUGUUGCUUCCAAAGGCUAUGGUAACCAUUUACCAUCUGUAAAUACCAACUAUAUGCCACUGUCAUUCUAUAAUAAAAACUAUUAAUAUUUAUUACCUGAAAGUAUAAAAAUAAAAGUGAAUAAAGCCACCAUCAGAUUAUAAUAAUUGACUGUAAACUUAUUUGCCAUGUUUGAUAUAUAAAAAUAUUUAACAAUAUUUUAACAUCAUUUUAAUUACCUAUACAUCUUAUUUACUGGUGGAUGGCUCUCUGUAAUGAUCUACCGAAAUUUAAAAUGCUGAGCUCAUUUUUAUAUAAAUUUUUUUAAACAUUACUAAUAUCAAUGUUUAAAAAAAUUUAUAUUGAUAAAAUUUUCAUCAUAAUUUUAACUCAUUUUAAAAUGAUGAAAUUGAGUAGUCUCAACACAAUGUAUAAAGUGGACAGUCUGUUACCAUUCUAGUAAUAUUAUUAAUAAAAAAGUUUGUAUGGAAGGAUGGAUUUUUGUUAUUCUUUCAAGCAAAAACUACGGAAUGGAUUUGAAUGAAAUUUAGUACAUGGGUAGGAUAUAUCCUAACUUAGCGCAUAGGAUACUAUAUGUAUUGAUUCACGCAGGCGAAGCUGCGCGAUACAGCUAGUAUUAAAUAUACAGGUAAAAUGUUUUAUUAAGUUCAAUAGCGUUUUAUUGGACUUUUACAAUGCAAUUUUUAACCCUUAAAUGCCUGAUUUUUUAAAUCAAAUUAAAAAAUAUAUAAAUUUACCUUUUACUGUGUUUACUAAUGGAGAAAAAUAGUAAAAAAAUCAAAACGAAAUUUUUAUAUAUUUAUUUUGAAAAAAACAAUUGGUAACAUGUAAACAGCCAAAUAUUAAAACAAAAUCGAUUGUAGGCGCCCAAUGCGAUUUAUAACCCAGGUAUCAAAUUUGAAGCUUCAGGUAUUUAAAGGUUAAAUGCAAUAUUAAUGAAUUCAAUUAAACUCGUGUUUUUUACCUGUAUCUGUAUUGUUAUAAAUGCUACUAGCAAACUAUCUCUGGUUUACUUAUCUUCCAUUCAUUGUUGUCACAUCGUCUCAUACUAGUUCAUUAUUCCAAUGAGGCGAGUAAAUUCAUAUAUUUUCAACAUUAAAUUAUUAAAAUUCAAUAUUUAAAAGUGUAUAUGUACUUGUAUAUUGUUACCUAUUUAAUUUACUUGUAAGAUUUAUGCCUAUGUAGGAUUAUAAGUUAAUUAUUUAAUAAUAAACCAAAUUAUUUUUUAUCCAA